UCUUUCCAUAAUUGAUAAUUGACACAGCCAUUUUUGGACAAUCUUCAAUUUUGCAAUUAUUGACCUUUUUAUGAAGAAAUUGUUCUAAACCCCGUUUUCUCCAUAGAACAUAUAUAUAUAUAAACCAAAAAUCUUGAUUCUUUACGAUUUGUUCCGAAAUUGCAAUUUUCAAAGACAGACAAACAUGUCCGAGAAUAUUGACUUCAACUCCCCUUCGUUUUCCAUUCUCUCGUCCUUCUUCUUUCUCUGCUCUUUCUGAAAGGUAUGGAGUGUUUUGACAUCUUGAAGAGAUCAUGGUGCAGUGCCUAGACGGAUUAAAGCAUUUGUGUGCUGUUCUGGUAAAUUGUUGCGAUGCCGAUUCGUCAAAGCAACCUAGAGGUCUAGAAAAUCCAGAAGUUCUUGCAAGAGAGACAGUGUUUAGUGUAAGUGAGAUUGAAGCGCUGUAUGAACUGUUCAAAAAGAUCAGCAGUGCGGUGAUUGAUGAUGGACUAAUUAAUAAGGAAGAAUUUCAAUUGGCAUUGUUCAAGACAAACAAGAAAGAGAGCUUAUUUGCAGAUAGGGUGUUUGACUUGUUUGACACAAAGCACAAUGGGAUACUUGAUUUCGAUGAGUUUGCACGUGCUCUCUCUGUCUUUCAUCCCAAUGCACCAAUUGAUGAUAAAAUUGAGUUUUCGUUCCAGUUGUAUGAUCUCAAACAGCAAGGAUUUAUUGAAAGACAGGAGGUAAAACAAAUGGUGGUGGCCACUUUAGCUGAAUCUGGUAUGAAUCUUUCGGAUGAUGUGAUUGAAAGUAUCAUUGACAAGACAUUUGAGGAAGCUGAUACAAAACAUGAUGGGAAGAUUGACAAGGAAGAAUGGAGAAACCUUGUCUUGCGGCAUCCAUCCCUUCUGAAAAAUAUGACUCUUCAGUAUCUUAAAGAUAUCACCACAACAUUUCCCAGUUUUGUGUUUCACUCACAAGUUGAUGAUACUUGAGGAAACCACAUCAUCCAUGUCAGUCUUGACUGGGAAUGGUCUUUGUUUCGCUUGGGAAUGAUGGGGUUCUGUGCGAAUGAUUCGGUUAGGGGUGGAUAUGGACUUUUGUUUAUUUUUUCAUUAUGAGUAGAUCUUUGUCUUCCCUUUUUGAAUAGAUGAGGUUUGUAGAUUGAACAAAUGGGUUUGCUUAUUUAUUUUCUUUAUUUAAGAAUAAAAUCUGAUUUGAUUUAUA